AGUACCACGUUGACGCUGCCGGUAGAGAGUGUGUCGCUCUGCGCACUGUAAGGAGUGAGUGAGCACACUUCGAGUAUUCUCUGCAUACGAAACAAGACACGAUGUCAACUUCGGCCGACUUGCAGCCAACCACCACGAGCCUCACCACCAUCAGCUACUUCUCGACGGUGGACUAUGCAAUCUUCACGGUGCUCCUCGUCGCCUCCCUCGUGGCGGGUACCUUCGCAGGCUGGCGUAGCGGCACCGGGGACACCAAGGACUUCCUGACGGGGGGGAAGAGCAUGAACCCUGUGGCCAUCACCAUGUCUCUGCUCGGGGGGGUUGUGUCAGCGCUCUCCGUUCUGGGUAACACAACAGAGAUAUACCUGUACGGAACGCAAUUAUGGAUGAAUCUUCUCGGCUGUGUGUGGGGGUCUCUCGUGGUUGUGCAUCUGCUGUUGCCUACAAUAUAUCCUCUUGGGUUGUCUUCCAUGAAUCGGUACCUACAGCUCCGCUUCGAAUCCCAGCUGCUGAAGAAGCUGGCGUCCAUCACCCAGAUCGUCCACAGCGCCAUGUACCUCGGGAUCUGCCUCUACGCGCCGUCCCUCACCCUCAGCUCCGUCACCAAGCUGUCCGCGGGCGUCUCCAUCAUCGUGCUGGGCGUCGUCUGCUCCAUCUAUAUUUCGUUGGGGGGCGUGCGGGCGGUAGUGUACACAGAUGUUCUCCAGACGACAAUCAUGUUCGUGGGCGUGCUGUCGGUGGUGGUGCAGGUCUGCAUUGAGUUGGGCGGCGUCGGGGAGGUGUGGCAGAGGGCGGGCCAGGGAGGACGCCUCGAGUUUUUCAACUUCGACCCGAACCCUCUGGUGCGCCACACGUUCUGGUCGGUGCAGGUCCUGGGCGCCUACUUCUUCGUCAGCACCAUCGGGAUCUCGCAGCCGCAGUACCAGAGGCUCGUCUCCGUCAGGAACUUGAAGAUUUCGCAGAGCGUGUGUUUCACCUUCAUGCUGUGCCUUGCCGUGCUCUGGUCUCUCUUCUACUUCUCCGGCCUCGUCGCCUACGCCGCCUACGAGGACUGCGACCCCUUAGGCAACGGCCAGAUCGAGAAGUCGGACCAGAUCCUCGCCUUCCUCGUGGCCGAUAAACUGCGCCACGUCCCGGGCAUGGCCGGGGUGUUCGUGGCGGCGGUGGCCGGCGCCGUGCUCAGCUCGCUAUCUUCACAAGCCAACGCAAUGGUUGUCAUGCUGUGGGAGGACUUCCUAAGCGGCUGGUGGAUCUUUGCCAACGUGCCCCCAAAGAGUGCAACGAAUAUCACGCGCGUCCUGUCCGUGUGCAUGGGUCUCCUGAGCAUCAGCAUGGCCUUCCUGGUAGCUAACCUGGGCACCUUGUUCCAGACAGCAUACAGCAUUAGUGGGGCUCUGGUUAGUCCCAUGGAUGGGCUGUUCAUAACUGCCGUGGCCGCACCGUGGGUUAGUGCUAAGGGCGCAACUGCUGGCUUCGUAGCAGCCUUGUGUUUCAACCUGGUGAUCGUCAUCGGCAAGUUUACGUACGGCGCUGGCCAGAGCCCCGUGCUCCCGACGUCGACUGAAGGGUGUCCCGUUGUGGACGUUGUGUUCGACGGCGCUCUCGAGGGGACUCAGGCCUCGUUCGUGAAUAUUACCGAUUACAGCAUUUAUAAUAGUUCCAGCGCUGCUCCUGAGUAUGCGCAGCUGUUCAACAAUUCGUCCGAUGUCACAUACCCAAGGCUGUAUGAUAUCUCCUACUGUUAUCUUGGCAUGAUGGGGAUAACCAUCGUACUUGUUGUGUCUACAGUUGUAUCGUUGUGCACAGGUCCCGUCAAACCAGACAAAGCGAAUGAAAAUUAUGUAAACAAACAGUGUCUAAGAUUCUACCGGUGGCUGUGUGGGUACGAAUCGUCGGAGGCCAAGAGACCCGUGGAAAAGGGAGAUGACUUGGAUGCUGUAUCUCUAAAGGGCUUCUCCUACCUGGAAAAUGGCACGUUAGAGAGUGCGUGAUUGGGAAAGGGGAGUUUAUGCACAGCGAGGAGAGGACUGUACAAAUGUAAGGAGACUUUGGAGCGUACGGAUAGUGCGGGGAAGUUGGUGCAGACUGGUGUAGUGUGUAGACGGGGUUGAGUGUUUGUUGUGGAAGGAUAACUUGUGUGUAGACGAAGAGAAAGUAAGUCUAUAGGGUAAAGAUAUUACACACAGCAAUGUCUGGAGGGCAGGUUGGAGAACAGGGCGACAUGUGCUGUACACGCAUGUAAAAUCUGUACAGCAUGGAAAGUAUGCUCGGCAAGGAGAGUCCAGGCAAGAGGGAAGGUCUGCACAAUGCGAAGGAUUUGCAUAGAGAAGGAAAUUCAUACAAUAAAGAACAAGCUGAGGAGAGUUUGUGCAUUAAGCCUUCCGAAGGGAGAGUCCUUACCACGAGGAGGGUUUGCAAUAAGGAAAUUCUUCACGGAAAGAAGUGAUUAUAGGUUAAGGCGAGUCUGUAUGAGAAGGGAAAUAUACAAGGAAAAUAAAAUAUAUAUAUGCGUGAAAAGUUUAUACAAGGCGAAGCUUUACAAUAUCACAUUCCUACUUUCCUACAGAUAUUGUAGGAUUAUAUGGAAAUGUAGUUUAGUGUGUAGACAAUAGUCCAAGUAGGCGACGACAAGUAGUUUGUGUUAGAUGAUGUGACUGGAUCUGAGAGAAAAUGUUCAGCUACCAUGGUACUCUAAAGCAGGUAGCACCACUCGAUGAAAAUCCUGAUUAGCAACUGCUGAGCUAAGCCCCCCUCUCUGCCUGCAUUUGUUGCAAAGGUAACCUGUUUUUUGUUUUGUUUUGGUUUAUUGUUAUAAUUUAAAGUUAUUAAUUCUUUAACCAUUGUCAUUACUGAACCAUUAAUUAAAAGAAAAACUAAAGAAAAAAUCAAUAUUGAUAGACGCGAAACUAGUAAUAUUCCCGUGUUUAGCAAAUGAGAUAUCAGAUACAGCUAGAUACAUAAGUAUUUGUUUCAUUUACUUAUAGCUGUUAACAUUAUCAGAUGUAAAACAAACAUCUUUCUCUAUUAUUUAUGAUCACAAAGUCUUCUUUGCCCUAAACAGAAGUCAGAAUACUCGGGGGAGGGGGGGGGGGAGUCAAUUUAAAUUUAGGGGUUCAAUAGACUCAGUAAAAGUGGUGCUACCUAUCUCUAUAUUUCCCUUGAUAUAUUAAAAUACAGUCAUGAAUAUGAAUUACUCAGGGUUGGAAUAUAAAGAAUGGAGAUGACGAAGUGAUAUUAUAUAGAAUGAUACAUACGUGUUUCCUCAUUUGCAUAUUGUUUGUGUGAGAGAGAAAUAAGUAGGCAGAAGCAUAUGGUAGUAAAGGAAUUAUAUUUACAUCGUCGUUCAGUCUCGUGUAUACAAUUUUUAUAUAUUGGUCGUAAGGAAAUCUGUUAAAAGUCAGAUUUAAUAAGGUCAUAUCUGUAACAGAUGACCGUGUUAUGACAAGUUGCAUUGCACAGCCAAUUUAAUCUCUGUUAUCUUCAAAAAGAAAAAAAAUUGGCCGAUUCACAGGGUAAAAUACGUGUCUUUUUCCACACACCCGAACAAACCACGUGCCUUUGUUUACGUUUGCGUGAUUGGCCAGCUGAUGAAAAUACCGUUACCAGGCGAUCUCUGGUAUUUGAAUUAUACUCAGCCCAGACAGUACAAAUAACCUGUACAAGAUUGCUGUUAACAGACAAAUGCUAAAUAGGAUUUUAAACAGUUAAUUGUUUUUUACGUAGAGAGAGAAUUAUAAUCUAAAUGGAUAUGAAUUCUUGGUGCACAGAAACAUACAUUGUGUCUUAUCUUACUGUGGCUGUCACGCUGUCUGUCUGUCUGUAUCUCCCCCCCCCCCCCUCUC